AUGUAUGAAUUAGUAUAUUUUCGUUUCACCGUGUAUAUUGUCUCACACACGCACUUCUCUCCUGCCUUAUCUAUCUCUCUCUCUUCUUCCUUAUCUCUCUCUCUCUUCUUCCUUAUCUCUCUCUCUCUUCUUCCUUAUCUCUCUCUCUCACUUCUUCCUUGUAAAUCUCUCUCUCUUCUUCCUUACCUCUCUCUCUUCUUCCUUAUCUCUCUCUCUUCUUCCUUAUCUCUCUCUCUCUCUUCUUUCUUAUGUAUAUCUAUAUUUCUUCUUCCUUGUAAAUCUCUCUCUCUCUUCUUCCUUAUCUCUCUCUCUCUUCUUCCUUAUCUCUCUCUCUCUUCUUCCUUAUCUCUCUCUCUCUUCUUCCUUGUAAAUCUCUCUCUUCUUCCUUAUCUCUAUCUCUCUUCUUCCUUAUCUCUAUCUCUCUUCUUCCUUAUCUCUAUCUCUCUUCUUCCUUGUAAAUCACUCUCUCUUCUUCCUUGUAAAUCACUCUCUCUUCUUCCUUGUAAAUCUCUCUCUCUUCUUCCUUGUAAAUCUCUCUCUCUUCUUCCUUGUAAAUCUCUCUCUCUUCUUCCUUAUCUCUAUCUCUCUCUUCUUUCUUAUGUAUAUCUCUCUCUUCUUUCUUAUGUAUAUCUCUUCUUCCUUGUAAAUCUCUCUCUCUCUCUCCUUCCUUAUCUCUCUCUCUCCUUCCUUAUCUCUCUCUCUCCUUCCUUAUCUCUCCCCCUCUAUCUCUCUCUCUCUGCCUCUCUUUCUCCCUCUCCCCCCUCUCUCUCUCUGCCUCUCUCUCGCACUAUCUUUUUUUUUGUCUGGAAAUGUUGUUAUAGCUAA